AUGGCUCCCGCUCUUACAGAUGCGCUUCCUACAGCGCCCCAUAACCUGGCCAGUUCUGCCCCGCUGGAUAUCUUCCCCGAUGGCUUGAAGACGACAGGCCAACACCCCCCGCUUUACGAUCACAUUGUGCCCUUUGAUGGCUUCCCCCGCGAGAUCACCGGCCCGACGGUGUGGAAGGCUGAGGAUUACCGCGAGAACCCGGAGAAGUGGACGCACAGAUUCACCGAGGAGCAAGUGGAGGAGCUGAGUACUGCAGCGGAUGCUUUCCUUGCUUCCAAGACGCCCCUCACUGGUAUCUCCAAGUCCAACUUUAAUCUGCCCAAACUUGCGGAGUACUUGGAGGCUCUGCGCAAGGAUAUCAUUGAUGGGAAGGGAUUUAUUCUAUUCAAGGGUUUCCCCGUCGAACAAUGGGGCAACCACAAGUCUGCCGUCGCAUACAUGGGCCUGGGCACCUACCUGGGCUAUUUCGUCAGCCAGAAUAGCCGCGGCCACGUCCUUGGUCACGUCAAGGAUCUGGGCGAGGACUCGACCCAGAUCGACAAAGUGCGCAUCUACCGCACAAACGCUCGUCAAUUCUUCCACGCCGACGACUCCGACAUCGUGGGCCUCCUCUGCAUUGCCAAAGCCCUGGAAGGCGGCGAAUCCGACAUCGUCUCCUCCCACCACGUCUACAACACCCUAGCCAUCGAACGCCCCGACGUCCUCAAAACCCUCACCGAACCAAUCUGGUACUUCGACCGGAAAGGCGAAACCAGCAAAGGCCAAGACGAAUACAUCCGCACAAGCGUCGUCUACCUCGAGCGCGGCGAAAACGGCCGUGUCUACACAAAAUGGGACCCCUACUACGUCCGCUCUCUCGCCCGAUUCUCCGACGCAGGAAUCAUCCCUCCCCUCUCCGACGCCCAGCAGGAAGCCCUGAAGGUGCUGGAAGAAACCUGCAAUCGUCUCUCGCUGCAUAUGAUUCUGGAUGUGGGCGAUAUUCAGUUUUUGGCCAAUUCGCAUAUUUUGCAUGCCCGCACGUCGUAUACGGAUCAUGCCCCGCCUACUCCCAGACGUCAUCUUAUGCGGCUGUGGUUGGCGACGCCCGAGAGUGAGGGUGGUUGGAAGUUGCCGUUUUGGGAUAGUAAUGAGAAGAAGAGGGGGUGGUAUUCAGGUGGAUGA